CAGCUUUGCGCAGUGGCAGUAUCGUAGCCUAUGAGGUUUAUCCGAGGCGCGAUUAUUGCUAGUUGAAAACUUUACCCAAUACCCCGCCUUGACGACUUGAAAUAUAGUCGGCUAUGGCAAUUUUUGACGGUCUCUACGGAGACUGAUAAAGCUGUUGAAAAAUAGAACAGGAAAUAAAAGUAAUGGAGUAUAAUAUAUAAACUCGAGAGUGGUUAAUACUUACUAUCAUAUCAGAAACUGUAUGUUUAGCUUUUUGUAUCCACGCAAGUAAUUCUGUAGUUUGAUAGUUACAAACUGAAACGCUAGGAAGGAGUGUUUUCCCUUAGGUUCUCAGACUCUUCACACAGACAUGUCCACCAUACAGACUCCUCAGGACUCCAUAAGCACUCUACAGCCACACUGCACUUUGUAUUAUUACUACACUUAACAUACUGCAUAUUUUGUACAUCAGUUUUUACUCAUUCCUGUACAUUUAAUUCAUAUUUCUUAUUAUUCAUUUCUGAUUUUUAAAUUUGAACUUUAAUUUAGUAUUUAUUGCACAGUCUAAGAGGAAUAGGCCAGGUUUCCAUUUCAGUGCAAGUUAUGUACUGUAUAUAACUGUACGUGACAAAUAAAAAAAUCUUGAAUCUUGAAUUUACUGCACUGGGUUUUUGGUUAAAUGUCUGAAAUAAGGUCUGUGGUUAACACAGGCUCAGGAUAUUUUCACGUUUUAUUCUGUGACAUAAAAUAUAUCAUUAAUACCCUACUUGUGAUUUUUUAAGCUUUUACGUGUCUUGAAAAAGGCGGUUGCUAACAACUGGCUAAAUGGGACUCCAGAGGUUGCCGAGAACAUUAAACGUCAUCACGCCGAAGAGAAAAAUUCAUAUACUACAUGUAUAAACAAACUGAAUUUUCUCCAAAAUAAUGCCACAUGGACACUUUCCCACAAAAGGUGGCGGCAGAUUCAUCCACAAAAAGAGCCCAGUGGGCCCUUAUCAGGGAACAUGUUUUUAAAAUAAAGAUUGAAAGAGUUGUCGGAAGCGUAGCGGUGGUGACGUUGAAGUCAUGCGACCGUUGUGUAGUUCGUUUAUAGUCUAGCUUUAAAAUUCAUAAACGUUGUGUUCAUUUGUGAAGAUUAUCUUGAAGAACAAAACACUUUGUUCAUACACUGAGAAUCAUACACUUUUGUUGGUCACAGAGCUUAUUUUCUGCAAUAAUCCAAACGCCAAUGGGAGAAUCCUGUUGGCUUUUUGUCGAGAGAACCAGGGUGAUGCUAACUUCCGGGUCGGCCCACAGAACUAAGUGAACCCUGCGGCGCUGUGUUUCGCGGUUGUUGUGUGUGACGUAGCGCUACGUUUCCCGUCUUGACCCUCGCGGAAUUUCUAUUUCAGAGGUUGCUUUGAAAACAGACGGGUUCAGUACAUUUAUUUAUUUUAGUAUUAUUUUUUAUGACAUUCUUUAUGCCAAAGCUGGUCCUAAAGUCCAUUAUUUUGAGAAAUCGCUUUUUCGGUGGCGCACUGCAGUGUGUGAGUGAGAGAGUGAGAGAGAGGGAAUGGCUGCCUCAGGGAAACACACAGUGGAUGGACCUACAGAAGAGUGCAGCAAUCACUUAAACAAGCGCAUCCGGUUAGAGGAGAAGAGACAAAUCGCUGCAGUGAUCCUCGCCCGGGGAGGCAGUAAAGGAAUCCCCCUGAAGAACAUCAAGCUGCUGGCUGGAGUUCCGCUCAUCGGCUGGGUGUUACGAGCGGCUGUAGAGUCCGAGGUGUUUGACAGUGUGUGGGUGUCUACGGACCAUGAUGAGAUUGAGAGGGUGGCAAAAAACUGGGGGGCUAAGGUCCACAGAAGGAGUCCAGAAGUGUCCAAAGACACAUCGACAUCAUUGGAAACCCUACAAGAGUUUUCCAGACUUUACCCAGAAGUGGAUGUCAUCUGUAACAUCCAGGCCACCUCACCGUGCCUUCACCCGCACCACCUGAAACAGGCUGUGGAGAUGAUGACCAAGCAAGGCUAUGAAUCUGUCUUCUCUGUCGUCCGCCGACACCACUUCCGCUGGCAAGAGAUAAAAAAUGGAGAGGCCACAUGCACUAGGCCUCUGAACUUGGACCCAUCCAGGAGACCUCGUCGUCAAGACUGGGAUGGAGAACUCUGCGAAAAUGGAUCCUUUUACUUUGCCACCAAAGAUCUUGUAACCCAGGGACUCCUGCAGGGAGGGAAGAUUGCCUACUUUGAGAUGCCCCCAGAGUAUAGCGUUGAUAUUGAUGUUGACAUCGACUGGCCCGUAGCAGAACAGAGGGUUCUCAGGUUUGGUUACUUUGGCAAGGAUAAGCCUGAGUUGAUGCGCUUGCUCUUGUGCAACUUGUCAGGCUGCCUGACUGACGGGCAGGUCUAUCUGUCUCGUGUGGGAGAGGAGAUGGUAUCUAUCAAUACCAGAGACCUGACUGGCAUCCGCAUUCUACAGCAAGAAGGAAUGGAGGCGAUCCUUUUAUCAUCCAGUGACAACCCAGUACCAGAAGUACUUGCAGAGAAGCUGUCACAGAAAACAGGUUGUGAAGUGAGGCAUCUGAAAGAGGAAAAGCAAAUAGAACUGGAGAGACUGCUGAAAGAGAAGGAGCUCGUGUGGAAAGACGUGGCCUACAUGGGUAAUGAUGUGCCAGAUGUGGACUGCCUGAACCUGGCUGGUCUGAGCGCAGUGCCCUUGGACGUCCCCAUGGUGGUUCUCAAUGCGGCUAAAUACUCGUGCCAGAGGCCAGCGGGACACGGAGCUCUUAGGGAGUUCAUUGAGCACAUUCUCCUGAUGAAGAAGGUGGCAAAGUUUCAGAAGGAGAAGGAUCACUGCUAAAGAGAUACGUUUUUAAUUUAAGGAAAGUUGUGAAGCAUUGCACUCUCAAGCUAUGUGUUAGAGUCAAAUUCUUAUAGAAUGUGUAUUAUGUUUGUAAUGAAAAAUUCUGCAGUGCUCCUUGGUGUACUAUGGGGUUAAAGGUCUUGUGCUGAGAAAGUAGAAGAGUGAAGAUUCAGUCACAAGAUCUUUCCAUUAUGUCAAUCCUUUAUACUCCAGCACACACCAGAGGGCAACCUUGCACAUAACAUCACAUUAUAGGAAGGCUUUGAAACUGUGAUCAUUCUUGCUUAGAUAUGAGCUGCUGACUACUUUGAAAUAUAGUGCAUACUUUAUCAUAUGGUCUAGUUAACUUUAUCAUCUUUACACCAUGACAUUCGCAUUAGCAGUAAAAUUCACAUUACUGUACAUGCCUAUCCUAAAUGUCAUUUUUUUUCAUGAUAACAUAUAUUUCUCUGUACAAGCAGUCAUUGAUUAAUCAAGUAUUAAAUGGAAGAAUUAA